AUGAAACAAAACGAUUCCGGGGGCGCGAUGAAGCAGACUAUUAAGGAGAAUGCCAAACGUCCACAUCGCACUCUUGACACCGAAAAACGAGGACCUGACCCUCGCUUCGCCUCUGCAGAAUGGGAUCCAAGAUUCGGUCGUGUACCAAAGCGAGCAAAAAAAGCCAUCAAUGACGCAAGAUUCGAAGGACAGCUUAAAAGCAAUCCUGGGUUUCGGAAAUCCAGCGCACCGGUGGACAGAUUCGGUCGUCCGAAACGCGACGGCGCCAAACUGGACCGAGCCCUACGGGAAAUUGCAGAGCGCAGUGACGAUUCAUCCUCAGAAGAGGAGGACGAAAUAAAAGCCAUAAUUCGUGAGCUUCCUCCUCAGCGCGCGGCUUACGAUGGCAGCAGCGACAGCAGCGACGGCAGCGAUGCCGAUGAGGAGCUUUUUCCGAAUGAGGACGAGGUGAUGGAGGACAUCCCGCGCGGGCAAGCCACAAAAAGACUCGCCGUCAUGGGCUUGGACUGGUCGGCAACCAGAGCUGUCGACAUCUUUGCCAGCCUUGAUAGCUUUUGCCCCCCUGGAAAACGCGUAGAGUUUGUCGAAGUGCAUCCGUCAAAGUUUGGGCUGGAACGACUAGCGGUGGAGGCCAAGUUGGGUCCUCAGGUCGUUCCGAAGAGCGAUCUUGAAGUGGUGAAACAGGCUAGGGAGCAGAAGCUUGUAGCUAGCGACGACGAAGUGGAAGACGCAGGAGACGACGCGGGAGACGGAAGCGGGGAGGGGUCCGAGGAUGAUUCGGGCGCUUCUGACGAGGACGACCACGAUGAUAAGCUCUGGAAGUCCCAAGCAGCGCUGCGCAAGUACGAGGAGGAGCGCUUGAAGUACUAUUACGGCGUUGUUCAAUUCGAAGAUGUGAAGGCUGCGGAUGCGGUAUAUGAGCAGUGCGACGGUGUCGAUUACGCGCAAUCAGGCCGCUCGUUUGACCUUCGGUUCAUCCCUGAUGACAUGGUCAUCGAAACCAAGCCCAGAGAUAGAGCGAAUAAGUUGCCAGAAGGGUAUGCACCCCCCAACGUAACGCCGUCAUCUCUCAACAAUUCGCAUGUCAAGUUGUCAUGGGAUGUGGAUGAUCCCGAACGCGUUAUUUUGAAGAAGAAAGCCGUCGGGAAGCAUGAGCUCGACGAAGAGAAUCUGAAAGCGUACUUGGCUGGCUCCUCAUCGGAGGAUGAGCAGCCGGCAUCUGCGGCUGAUUUGGAAAAAAAACGCAACCUCCUGCUUGGCGCUGUGAAUGAGGAGCGAGAUGCCGAGGAAGACAACAUGGGGAUGGAGAUUAGUUUCGAACCCGGUAUGUUGGAGAAAGGUGAGGACAUUGUGAAACGGAAGCUAGAAAAGAAAGAGCACGAGGGUGAAACACCGUGGGAAGCUCGUUUACGGAGAAUGGAAGAGAGGAAGGCGGAGAAGAGGCGAAAGAGAAAGCAAAGCAUUGCUAGCCAAAACGGGGAAGAGGAUGGAAAUGGAGUGGCUGAGGACACUGCAAACAACCCAACACUUGAGUCGGACCCGUUCUUCUCCAUCGACCACGACUUUGACAAGGCUGAAACCGAACAGACGCGUGCACAAACGAGGAAGAAGAGUAGUAAGAGUGGAAAAACACCUGCUUCAGCAGUUGUGGAAGCGGAAGCAGAGUCGGUAGAUCCAAAACGGCAGGAGGCCGAACUGGAACUUCUCAUGAUGAAUAGGAAAAAUAAGAAGAGUGCGUCGGGGGGAUCAAUGAGCGAGAUGUUGGCAGCUGUAGACUCGGACGACGAAGACGAGCGCAGAGCGGCGAAGAAAAAGACACGAGGGCGGCGACGGAACCAAAAGAUGGCUUCGGCGGAUGAGGAUAAGAGUAGUCGAUCAGCUAUGGAAACUGAGGACCCUCGUUUCCAGCAAGUGUUCGACUCGCACUUAUACGCGAUGGACCCGACGCAUCCCAAGUUCAAGCGAGAUGAGACGACCAAGAGAAUUUUGGCCGAAAAAAUGAGACGCAACGCCGGAGAUAGGCAUGCCUCCAAGGUUGGAAUACAUGUCGAAGGAGCAGCAACAGCGCCGGCAAAGGAAGUGAAACAAAAGGGCGACUCCGAGGCGAUGCAGCUUGUGGCGCGUAUCAAAGCCAGGGCGGCGGCAAAGCGAAAGAUGAAGCGUAGGUCAUAGGGUGGUUUCUCCAUUAAAGCAAGUUAAGGCC